GGGAAUUGUGCUCCAAUAAUACCUUAUAGAUUUUCAUCCAUCUAUAAUCCGAGAAAAAGUCUGUCCACUAAAAGAAGAAGAAGAAGUUAAAUGCACAGUAAAUAGAAUCCGAAUAACGAAGAAGAAAAAGGAGUAAAAGCCCUCUUCUCGAUUCUCAUCCAGCAUCGAAAAGACCGAGCAAAGAGAAGAAUGCCAGAGCUACCGGAGGUAGAGGCGGCGAGAAGGGCGAUAGAGGAACAUUGCAUAGGGAAGAAGAUAAAGAAGGCCAUCAUUGCCGACGACAGUAAAGUCAUCGAUGGAGUCUCUCCUUCUGAUUUUGUGGCAGCACUUGUUGGAAAAACUAUUGUCUCUGCUCACAGAAAGGGAAAGAACUUGUGGCUCCAACUUGACUCCCCUCCCUUCCCUUCCUUUCAGUUCGGGAUGGCUGGUGCUGUGUAUAUUAAAGGAGUUGCGGUUACCAAAUAUAAAAGGUCUGCAGUAAAUGACUCUGAUGAGUGGCCUUCCAAAUAUUCAAAGUUUUUUGUCCAACUAGAUGAUGGUCUGGAGCUUUCUUUCACUGACAAGAGGCGAUUUGCUAAAGUCCGCUUGCUUGAAGAUCCAGCUUCUAAGCCCCCAAUAUCUGAGUUGGGCCCUGAUGCAUUAUUGGAGCCGAUGACAGUUGAUGAACUUCAUGGAUCCCUAAGCAAGAAGAAAAUUGGAAUCAAGGCUCUAUUACUUGAUCAGAGUUUUGUAUCUGGAAUUGGUAACUGGAUUGCAGAUGAAGUGCUAUACCAAGCUAGAAUUCAUCCACUGCAGGUUGCUUCCAGCUUAUCCAGAGAAAGUUCUGCAACUUUACACGAGUGCAUCAAGGAGGUGAUUGAAAAAGCAGUAGAAGUUGGGGCAGAUAGUAGUCAGUUCCCAAACAAUUGGAUUUUUCAUUCUAGGGAAAAGAAGUCUAAGAAGACUUUCAUUGAUGGGAAGGAGAUUGAUUUUAUUGUUGCUGGUGGUAGGACAACGGCCUAUGUACCGGGGUUACAGAAGCUAAAUGGAAACCAAGCUGGGAAAGCAGUGGGAAAACCAAAAGCAAGAACUUCAAAGAAAAAAAGAGAUGGGAAUGAUGAUGACAAUGACAACAAUGAAGAUGGUGGCAGUGAACCAGCUUCCGAGGAAGAAAAAAUUGCAAGAAAGGCCAAAUCAAAGAGAGAGUUGAGGCCUAAAAGUCCUGGGAAAAAGCCUUCAGCAAAAAGAAAAUCCAAAGCAAGUGAUACUGACAGUGAAGAAGAUGAGGGUGCUGCCUCCCCCGCCGCUGACAACGAUGACGAUGAUCAGAAGAAAAAACCUAGAAGAGUGACCAGUAGUAAACAAGUCAUGGUAGGUAAAGCACCCAAGAAGUUGGUUAACAAUCAAAAUACCAACAAACCAAGGAAGAAAGUGAAGUAGAUUGCUGUUGUGAGAUAUCUCAUGGUGCUGCCGAAGCCUGAGCCCUAAUUUUGGAAGUAUAGAAAUGUGGCAGGGCAUCUAGUUUUUGCUUGUAUUGACAGUGAAAUGAAUUUGUCUGUCUUGUUCAAGGUACCGUAUCUCUGCUAAUGCCAGCGGCUUACAACUAGGGCUCUCCGCCUUUGGAAGAUGUAAAUUUUAUUUGAAGGGAUUAAAUGAAAGAAUUUUUAAAUUAGCAUGA